CAAGUAAAUAUUCUACUGAUUCCUCUUUUUUUUUUAUUGAAUUUGUGCUUUGUAUUUUUAUUAAUUUCGAUUAUUUAUUUGUCAUAGCGUUUUGUCUUUUGUUUUUAGCUUGAAGAUAUUGAAAUAACAGUUAGUGAUCAUGUACAAAAAGUACUUAAACCAAAUUGGUCUGCUUCAUGGGAAGAAAUUGGAGCUGAAAAUGAACUUGAAAAUACAUAUACAUUAUUAAUUCCAACACUUGAAAAAUGUGUGAAGAAAAUAAUAAAUUAUAUGGGAAUGCAAGCUUGUGAACGAUCAGACAAAAUUCCAGAAGGCAAAGCAUCACAUGCACUUUAUUUAGCGGGUGUCUAUCGUGGUGGACAUGAUGUACUUGUUCGAGCAAAAAUGGCAUUGGGUGGUACAACAGUAUAUCCAGGAGCACAAGCUAUUACCAUGCAAUUAACAAUACGUUCGACAGAUGAAUCAGCUGUGCAAGUUAUUGCUUCAGCAGUCGAAUAA